AUGGGAACUACCUCCCUCUCUUCAAACUCACCUUCUCUCAUCAACAUCAUUCUCACUAGACGUUCGACUUCACUACCAUCAACCAGGCACAAUAAUUUCCUCACACUUCAACUUCACACUUCCCUCACUUUUCAUUCCAUCACAUGCAACAGCAGCAGCAACAGCAACCCUGCCAAUACAGACCAGGAUGAAACAGGCUCAAUUCAAGCACCAACUACAACACCAGCUGAACCGGUUGAGCUAAGGCUCAAGAGAAGAUUAAGAAGACAAGCGAAACGGCAGAGAGAGAAUGGAACUGUUACAAAUAGCAUUGAGCAACCCAGUAAGGCAAAGGCUGCUCCUAAGAAAUGGGAAGAAAUGAAUUUGACAGAGAAGGCGUUGGAGCUUUAUGUGGGAGAGAAAGGUGCUCUCUUUUGGCUUAAUAAAUUUGCAUAUGCUUCGAUCUAUAUCAUGAUUGGAGCUUGGAUAGUAUUUAGGUUUGUGGGUCCUGCACUUAAUGUUUAUCAGUUGGAUUCACCUCUACUGUCACCUGCUGAUGUAUUGAAGGGAUAA